AUGUUUAUUUGCACGCAGUCGUUUCUCCUCAACAUGACCUUCAACCGAUGCUCGCUCACCCUCGUCCUCCUCCUCGUGCUGCACAAUCUCUUUGCCAGUGUGGCCGUUGUUCUGCCUCCCUCCGACGGCAAGACCCGCGGUCUCCAGUCUUGGGAGGACUUACUUCCCGAGUCCAUUGAUUGUGACCAAUUUGUUGACGCUCCGGAGUGUAGAAAUCGCGACAUCAUCAGACGCAGAUCCACAGAAUGCACUUACACGGUGACCAUACGCUCCAAAAUCUUUCCUGAGGAAGAAUUGGAAAUGUGUGCUUAUCCUAGACGUUCACUACCCUGCCGAAUGAAUGGCAAUGUUGUCUGUGAGGUUCCACCCAUGGAGGUGUCAAAAUUUGACCUUAUGAUACUCUAUCUCAUUAACCACGAAUUACAGGCACGAAUUCUACGUCUGCAAAAUCAGCAUGAGGCGGGUAGAGGUCUCAGUGUUGAUCUACAACGUGAGAUUGAGUUGAUGAUUGCGGAUAAUAUGGCUUGGAUGUGUUCCAGAAAGUGCAACAACUCCUCGUGUGAAUUUAGCGCCGAGUUGCAGACGCAUAUGCGUACUGUGGGAAGCAUUCCAAGAAUGACCUCCCUGGUGACCGAAUAUCCUCUCUUCCCUCGCAGCUCACGUGUUCAACACAUUCGAAUUGACCUUCCAAUUGGAUCGUUUGAGAUAUCCCGUCUACUGAAGAAGAAGGCGGCAUUUAGGCAUCUAGCUGUCUCCUCCCUACCCCUCACAGUGUCGUGCCUCAAAAACUGA